AUGAGCGCAGUUCCCAUCAAGCGGGUGCGCAUCCAGGGCUGGACCCUUGCCGAUAGCUACGCCUUCAUCUCUCUCUUCCUCCGCCGUUAUGCAACCGCAACCACUGCAGACACCGCUCAUCCAUCACAUCCCACCGCAGGAGCGUCAACUUCACGUACCCCUCGCCGCCAUUUCCAUGACUACUUCGUUACGCACCUGCCCACAUCCUCGUUGCACCCAGACUCCCGUGCCUCAGUCGGUCCUCAACAUCAUCUCCCACGUUCAGCAUCUGUUCCGCACGCUUCCUCUUCAACUGUAGCUGGAACUAGCACCGGGACCGGACCACCGAAACGAGAUGCAUCACCGGCUACAAUCUCACCUUCAACUGGCCCAGCUAUAGGUCGAGAGACAACCGUCGUUCGCAUCCCUUUGCGUAGUGCGAAACACCACUUCGGUGUCUCGUUUGCGCGUGGCACACGUCCCACAAACGAAGAUACGUACCAGGCUGGAGUCAUCGAUCUACCAGCCUUUGCACGGCGGGCCCCUCUUUCUAUUACUGUUGGUCAGCCUACGGCUGCCUCGGAAGGGAAUAAAGUAGCCGACAGUGCUACUGGUGAUCCACAAGUGUUUUAUUUUGGUAUAUUUGACGGCCAUGGCGGAGCGGAAUGUAGCCAGUUCCUACGGGACAAGCUACACGGAUACAUCCAGGAGACGGCGAUGGAGUUUGGAAUGGAGUCUGCUCUGUCAAAGUGCGUAGAGAGCCAGUGGUUGACCAACCGGGCGAUACGCCAUCGAGAGCGCGUUGGAGAGGUCAAAUAUGGCAUUUCCCCUGUUUCUACAGAUGAAAAGCAAAGGAGUCAUGCGGUGCAAGGCGACCUCCCGAUUCUACAAAAGGCAAACCGAGAACACAUCGGAGAGAUGGAAAAGAAGCUAGUUGCGGAUUGGCGGGACCUGGUAGGCGGAUACUUUCGACGAUUUCAACCGCUUCACUUUUCAUACUCUGGUGCUGAACCGACAUGCGCGGGAGACGAGCAUAGCACUACAGUAAACGAUGCAGAUGCAGAUGCAGAUGCAGGCGGCGAAGAUGUUCGUGUCAGCGUCAAGUCUGGCGUCUCGAUCGAAGAAGUCGUCGAAUACGCCUUCCUCCGAGCUGACCUGGACUUUGUGUCAGCCCAGGUUUCCAAGGGGGAAGCCUGCUCAGUCCCAGCGAGCCCAGAAAAGCCGCUUAACGAGUACGACAUCCUCCACCAACCGAACAGGUACCGCGAAAUGCCCGGCGGGAGAUCCCACCACAGGUUCAAGGGUGGCAGCACAGGUAGCAUCGCCAUGAUCUCGACCCCUACCCCGACUCCCUUUUGGAACCCGUCUGCUCCAUCGUCACUCCUCGUCUCGCACAUAGGGGAUACCCGUAUCCUCCUCUGCUCGACUGCGACGGGCCACCCGAUCCCGCUGACGACGGACCACCAUCCAUCGUCGCCUGUUGAAAGUGCGCGCCUACAGCGCUACGCCGCCACCUUUGUGACAGACUCCUUUGGUGAGGAACGCAUGAGCGGACUUGCCAACACCCGUGCCUUUGGCGAUAUCACUAGCAAACGCAUCGGUGUCUCCGCCGAGCCUGAACUACGCCGUAUAGACAUGGCUCCGGGUGAGUAUUCGUUCCUUGUCCUUAUGAGUGACGGGGUGAGCGGAACUCUCAGCGACCAGGAGGUUGUUGACAUUAUCAAAGAAGCCAAGACACCAGACCAGGGCGCGCGAGACGUCGUAGCCUUUGCUACCGAGGUCUCUGCAGACGGAGAUAACGCAACCUGUCUGGUGGUAAGGCUGGGAGGAUGGGAGAGGAGACAGGAGGGCGGCCUGGGCAGCAUGGCCACCAAGGAAGCAAGGGAAUGGAGGAGUAAAGACGCUGCCGACCCUAGGAAGCGCAGGAGGUGA